AGUUUUAUUUUUGUUUGUCGUCUUAAAAAUUUCAUGUAUUUUUUGUCUGUCCAACGUCUCUCUUCUUUUAUUUUUUAAAAAUAGUUAAAAUAAACAACAAAAACAACACUUAUGUAAAUGGCAUUUUCGACACAAAGGGCUUUUCAACAUGUUCCAUUUUCAAACGAAUACCCUCAUCCAAUAUGUCUGCCAAUGCAAGGAAUUAAGAUCCAAACCUUCGGAAGUGCUCGAGAUGAGCGAGCAUGGUCAAUAAAUGACAACAAGAAAACCCAAUAUUUAAUUGAUUUGGUUUCGUGUAGAAUAUAUGUGGAUGAUGAUGCUGAAGAUGGAGUUGAAGAAAAUCAAGAAAAAAACCGAACUUAUCGAAGCAUAAAGGAUCCUGUGGCACAAAUUUUUCCCAAAGACAACAGCAAAAAAGUGGAUGAAUUGGUUGAUGCUGUCAGGGCAGAGAAAGAUGAUCUCCAAUUACGUCUCAAUGAAUCGCAAGAGAAACUUAAAGUUCUCGAACAACAAAAUAAAGCCUUGUCUGCUGCAAUUAGUCCGAGUAGAACUGACGGACCCCCACCUAAUGAAUUAUUUGACCAAAUGAGAAGAAAAAUCAAUCAACUUCGUAAAUUAUCAAAAAUUGACAAAAAUGACGAAAAUGAAUUAUUACAAAUGCUAGACGGAUUAAGCAAAACCAAAAAGGCAGAUGAAGGAACAAAUAAAGAUAAACUUAAAGGUUUGGAGAAAAGAAAUCAAAAUGCGGAUCAGAAUCAAAAAAUUCUCAAAGAUUCUGAGAGUUUUGAAUCAAUUAAAGCUGAACGUAAUGCCCUUAGAGAAAAGUGCGAAAGUUUUGCAUCGGUUGAGGGAAAAAUUAUCGAAUGGAAAAAUGAUGCUGAGAAACUUAAACACUUCAAGAAAAAGGCAUGUAUUGCACUUCAGCAGAAAGAUGAACGACUUCGAGAAUAUUGCGAAAGAAUUGAAGAACUUGAGUAUGAAUUCAGAGAAAACAUUAAAUGUUUCAAGAUAAAAGAACAGGAACGGGAGCAAGUUUGUGCAUUGUAUAAUUCUUUGAAAGAGGAAAACCAGGUGCUAAAGGAAGAACUUUGCAGAUGCAACAGCAAUUUGAAAGGAAUUACAACACUUCAAAAUCAAAUUCAAUUACUAUCAAGAGAAUUGUGUGAUAAAAAUUGUGUAAUCGAACAUUACGACAUACAAUUCCAAGAAUUAUUGGGUGUGAUUGAAGGGUUGCAAUCAAAAGUUUCAAAUGCAGAUAAUCGCAGCGUACACGACUCCGUCAGCCAGACUCAAAACACUGAAAACAUAGAAGAAUUGGCUGCUACUACAAGGGCAACUCUUGACCAGAUUUCUAAAGAACUCGAACAGCGACAAGAACUAGAAUCUGAAUUGGCUCAGAGUAUAGCCAAUUUAGAAACAGUUCGCCGCGAAAGCGAAGAGAAAGAAAAAGAAAUGGUUGCCAAACUUAAUGAAAAAGAGAUGGAAAAUCAAAAGCUUUUAGAAAACCUGCAAAGGACAAAUGCAACAGUUAAAGAAAGCUUAGAGCAACUUAACAUUGAAGUAAAGUCUGAUGAAGAUUGUCUUGCUGAAGUAGCUCGCCUUAACGAAUUUAUAACUAAAUUAAGAUCUGAGCAUGCAAAUGAAAUUCAAAUCUUAAAGAAUAAGUCGAAUGAUCUUCAACGUGAUUUUGAUCUGGAAAAGUCAAAACUCUCAGACUCAGAGAAGUUCAGUGGUGAAGCAACGAAGGAUUUAAUGGCAGAACUAACUGCUGCACAGGAUGAAAACCGACAGCUAAAAAAACAAAACAAAGAUUUGAAUGAUGCUCUGAAAGAAUGUGAGAAUAAGGUGAAAGCUCAAAAAGAAGAAAUAAAAAAAUUGGACCAAAGAACAACGGAGUUAUUGACUGUCUCUGAAGCAAGCCUCAAGGAAGUCGGAAAGUUAGUAAAUGAUAUCAGUAAUGUCCAGGACCGGAAUGAAAACCUCAAGACGGUACUGAACGCUGUUGACUAUUCAGAUAAAUGCAAACAAGAAAUAGAGAAUCUUAAGAAGUUAUUAGACGAUGAGAAAAUAAAGAAUAAGAAUUUGACAGAGGAUAAAAUGGCCUUAGUAAGGGAUCUAGACCAAGCCAAGGAAACGAUCAACACACAAAAACAGAAACUCAUAGACAAUGAAAAUACAAUUCUAAAAAUAAAAUCCGAACAAAUAAAGGAACAAGAUCAGGUUCCCCAAAAAACUGUGAAGCUCAAUAAUGAAGAGAAAAAGGCCUUACAUAAAGAUCCCGUCCAAGUCAAUAAAAAUACACCGACAACUUCUUCUGAUGAAAAAACAGUCAGGACUACACCCAAAGCAUCAGAUGAUCAGGGAAUUUCUUCUAAAGAUAAAACAUUCAAGACUACACCCAAAGCAUCAGAUGAUCAGGGAAUUUCUUCUGAAGAUAAAACAUUCAGGAAUACACCCAAAGCAUCAGAUGAUCAGGGAAUUUCUUCUGAAGAUAAAACAUUGAGGACUACACCCAAAGCAUCAGAUGAUCAGAGGACAGAUUCGCGACGGGUACGUCGAUCUGCCUCCAAAGCAUCAAAUGAACAGAGGACAGAUUCGCAACAGAAACGUCGAUCCACCUCCAAAGCAUCAAUUGAACAGAGGACAGAUUCGCAACAGAAACGUCGAUCCAUCUCCAAAGCAUCAAUUGAACAGAGGACAGAUUCGCAACAGAAACGUCGAUCUGCCUCCAAAGCAUCAAAUGAACAGAGGAGAGAUCCGCAACAGAAACUUCGAUCUACCUCCAAAGCAUCAAUUGAACAGAGGAGAGAUCCGCAACAGAAACUUCGAUCUACCUCAAAACCAUCUGAUACUUCGGUGGCACAACUCGGAUCAUCAAGAGACAAAAAAAGUUCAACAAAAUUAACACAGUUACAAAAACUCCACGAGGCUACACGCAACGCUGAACGUCAAUUCUAUGAAAAAGAAAUAGAAGGACAUCGAAUGUCGAAUGAACUUCUAAAAAAAUCACUUACAAAACUUACCUCAAAAGUUAAAAAUAGUUCAGCUGCAGAAUUUGAAAAAGAAAUGCGCUUGGUUUUGGAUAAUUUCGUUAUUGAAAUAAGCAAAUGGCGUUCUGAGAAAAAUUUCAAAAAACUUUCAAAACUUCAAGAAAUCUGCAAGAGGAUUUUGGAAUAUGGAAUCCAUUGUUUAUCAUACAAGGAGCUUGUGUAUUUGCAUCAAAGAAUGUCUGAAGCCGCCUUAAGGCUUAAACCGAAUUGUCUGUCUUCAACAACAACAACAACAACAACAACUACUUCAACAAAUUCUUCAAAGGAGCUUAUGUGUUGCAAACGUGCUGAGAAAGUCUGUGAUAUUCCAAGCAUUUCAAAAUAAAAUAAAAUGUUUGAUUAAUAUUAUCAAUACAAAAAAUAGAAUUACACUCGUAUUUAUAAACGCUGCGUACAGGUUGCUUAAAGUUAAAAUUCCAAAAAGUUGAAAUGAAAAUACACUUCUAAAAAUAAAAUCCGACCAAAAAAAGAAAACAAAAACCGAUUUCCCGAAAAUCUCUGAAACUCAAUAAUAAAGAGAAAAAGGCCUUACAUAAAGAUCCCGUCCAAGUCAAUAAAAAUACACCGAGAACUUCUUCUGAUGAUAAAACAUUCAGGACUACACCCAAAGCAUCAGAUGAUCAGAGGACAGAUUCGCAACAGAAACGUCGAUCUUCCUAAAAACCAUUUGAUACUUUGGUGGUACAACCCGGAUCAUCAAGAAACAACUCAGUUACAAAAACUCCACGAGGCUACACGCAACGCUGAACGUCAAUUCUGUGAAAAAGAAAUAGAAGGACAUCGAAUGUCGAAUGAACUUCUAAAAAAAUCACUUACAAAACUUACCUCAAAAGUUCAAAAUAUUUCAGCUGCGGGAUUUGAAAAAAAAUCCGCUUGGUUGUGGAUAAUUUCGUUAUGGAAAUAAACAAAUAGAGUUGUGAGAAAAGUUCUUAAAAACUUUCAAAACUUCAAGAAAUCUGCAAGAGGAUUUCGGAACAUGGAAUCAAUAUGAAGCUUGUGUAUUUGCAUCAAAGAAGAAUUGUUUGUCUUCAUCAACAACGACUAAUUCUUGAACAAAUUCUUCAAAGGAGCCUAUUGUGCAGCAAACGUUCGUCGAAAAUAUGUGAUGUCCCGAUUGUUACAAAAUAAAAUAAAAUGUUUGAUUAAUGUUAUCAAUAAAAAAAAAUA